UCUCUGAAAGUCGCUUUCGCUUUUUACAGUGACAGCAAAUUACCAGAGAAGCUGAAAGUGGAAAAACGCACAAAACUUAACCAAACAAACAAUGCUCUGUUUGCAGGUCCCUCAUUCUCUGCUUCUUCUUCUGCUCAAACCCCCCUUAGUACUUGCAUCAAUACUAUUCUAUUAACCAAAACUCACCAUUACCUUCUCCACUCUAACCAUUUCUCCAAACCCAUCUUUUUUUCCUUCUUCUCUCAAUUCUUGAUUAUUUUUCCUCCAUAUUCUGUAAAAAGAAACUGGAAAAAGAAAUAUACUUCUGUAGAUCCCAUUCCACGUUCUUCUUGAUCAUUUGUACUGUCCCCAUGUUUCUUUUUACUGUUUUCUGCUAAGUUGUCAGCUUUAGUCACUAUCCUUCACUAAAUUUAGCUAAGUACUUAUUCUUUUAUCAAAUUUAUGCUUCUUUUAUUCCUUUCUUUUUUAAUUUUAUUUCCGAAUUCUCUUCAUAGAGUUCAAAUCUUGAACUUCCCUUCCUACUUUUCUUGAAAUUUAUUCCAAGUUUAUUCUUAAAAUUCAAAUCUUGAAUCUUCUUGGUACUCUAAUUGAAUACGAAAAUUUUAAGUACAAUGAAUUUUUUGUUUCUACUGAUAUGCUUUGUUUCCCUUCGAAUCCCUUCUGUACGCUCAUAUUCCACACAACCCAUGAAUUGUACGGAUACCACACGCUUAUGCACAUCGUUUAUGGCCUUUAAACCUCAAGAGAAUCAGACUCUAGCAGUGAUCCAAAGCAUGUUCGAUGUGUUGCCCCAAGAUGUAACCGUGGAAGGCAGUGAUCAUGGGUACAUAUUCAUCAAGAAGAAUUGCUCUUGCUUAUCCAUAGACAAGGUUUAUGCCUCGAAUACUACAUAUACAAUGAAAUCAAGCGAUGGUUAUGUGUAUGACAUUGUGAUCAAUGCUUAUGAUGGGCUUGGUUUUCUUCCAAAUACGACAAGAAAAGCCAAGGUUGGUGCAGUGAUUUCAUUGAGGCUGUUUUGUGGGUGUUCAAGUGGGUUGUGGAAUUACUUGAUGAGUUAUGUGAUGGGGGAGGGAGAUACUGUGGAGUCAUUGUCAAGUCGAUUCGGGGUUAGCAUGGAUAGUAUCGAGGCAGUAAAUGGAAUAGGGAAUCCUGAUAAUGUUACUGUUGGUACUCUUUACUAUAUUCCUUUGAAUUCAGUUCCUGGUGAGCCUUAUCCUGUGGAGAAUGACAUUCCUCUUAGUCCCACUCCAGCUCCUGAACCUUCCUUGGAUAAUUUCUCAGCAAAUCCAGUGAAGCACAAGGCACAUAUAUCUUAUGUAUGGAUAAUAGGUGGUCUCGGGGUUGGUCUUGCACUGAUUUUAUUUUGUAUAGUCGUUUGUGUAUGCUUGAAGUCCUCUAGCUGCUUUUCUAAAGCUCGAGGAGAUCGUGCUAAAGACCCUGAUGGCAAGAGUUCUCAUAAGUUUCAUAUCCUUCGCAAGCCAAGUUUCUGCUGUGCUUCAGGGAGGUACAUGUCUGGCAAAUCUGGAGACUGGAAGCAAACAAAUGGGGAGUCUAGCAGCCACCAAAAUACUAUACCUAAAGCUUUAGGAACUGAUAUGCUUGACAUGGAAAAGCCUGUGGUUUUCACAUAUGAAGACAUUAUUUUUGCCACUGAUGGAUUCUCUGAUUCAAAUCUUAUUGGGCAUGGAACGUAUGGUUCUGUAUAUUAUGGCCACCUUCAUGACCAGGAAGUUGCCGUUAAGAGAAUGACUGCUACAAAAACUAAAGAAUUUAUGGCAGAGAUGAAAGUCUUGUGCAAGGUCCACCAUACAAAUCUGGUAGAAUUGAUUGGCUAUGCAACCAGUGAUGAUGAGCUCUUCCUGAUUUAUGAAUAUGCUCAGAAGGGUUCACUUAAAAACCAUCUGCAUGAUCCUCAGAAUAAGGGUUAUACGUCACUUUCGUGGAUCAUGAGGGUCCAGGUUGCACUUGAUGCAGCUAGAGGUCUGGAAUACAUCCAUGAGCACACUAAAACACACUAUGUCCACCGGGAUAUCAAGACAAGCAACAUCUUACUUGAUGGUUCCUUCAGGGCUAAGAUUUCAGAUUUUGGAUUGGCAAAACUUGUUGGGAAAAGAGGCGAGGGAGAGACUACAGCAACAAAAGUUGUUGGUACUUUUGGUUACCUGGCACCAGAAUAUUUGAGUGAUGGUCUUGCCACAGCCAAAAGUGAUGUGUACGCUUUUGGGGUUGUUCUUUUUGAGAUCAUAUCUGGGAAGGAGGCCAUCAUUCGAACUGAAGGUGCCGUAACAAAAAAUCCUGAAAGACGUUCACUAGCAUCCAUUAUGCUAGCAGCUCUUAGGAACUCACCUGACUCCCUGAGCAUGUCAAGCUUGAAAGAUUACAUUGAUCCCAAUAUGAUGGAUUUAUACCCUCAUGAUUGCGUAUUCAAGUUGGCCAUGCUUGCAAAACAAUGUGUAGAUGAGGAUCCCAUCCUGCGGCCUGACAUGAAGCAAGUUGUGAUUUCAUUAUCGCAGAUCCUUUUAUCCUCCAUUGAGUGGGAAGCAACUCUUGCAGGAAACAGCCAAGUAUUCAGUGGCCUGGUCCAGGGAAGAUAGUGAUCAAGCAAGCUCCUAUUCCAAUUCCUACUCCUUUGCCCUUCUUUGUUUCUCCAUUAUUUACCCACUUGAGCCCUAUAUGUAGUUAAUUAGGCGCAUGCAUAGUAGCUUUGAUAUUCCAAUAAAGAGGUGAUAUGGUACCUAUUAAUAUUACUAUUGAUUUUGUACACAAGUUUUACCUCUGGAUGGAAAAUUUUGAUGCAAUGUAAAAAUGUGGUUAUAUUAUAUAGCUAGGGAAAAGUUUUAUAGCUCCUGUAGACAAGA